CAACCCUUUACUUUCGACCCGUUCACGCAGCUUUUACUUAAAAUGUGUGCAAUGGAGAAAUCUGCCCGAAUGGCUGUGGUAUUUCUGGCCAUCUCCAUGCUCAUUGCCUGCCAUCGAACAGAGGCAUGGUACAAGCAGUCAACUGGUCCAAGCUAUUACUCUGUUGGUAGAGCCUCCGGUUUGCUAUCCGGGAUCCGCAGAUCACCAUACAUCCGCAGGUCCGAACAGGAGUCACCUCUCGAGACCAUCGAAUCCACUGGUAAUAAUGUUACUCCAGAGUUGGUCUACCGACAGACUCCGGUCCUGAAAAAUAUGGCUGUCUGUGUCAAAGACAUCAGUCCGUCUUUACAGAGUUGUGAGCUUAUUCAAGACGGUUCUAAUAUGUUAAGAUGCAAAGCUGAUGUGUCCGUGUCCCUCAACACGCUGGACUGCCUGGACUUGUGAACGUCUGCUUGCCUCAAAAACCCCGAUAUUCUUUCAACGUUUAGAGUAAUUUUAUGGAAACAACAUACGGACUGAUGGCCCUGAAUGUUUUCGCAUUUCACACAAUGUUAAGGUGUUAUAAACUUAAAAUCAAGAGAAAUAAUAAAUGCUGUGAUCAAGAUACGGGAGAUACAACAGGUCUAUUUUGUGAUACAUUCUAAAUGUUGCCACACUUAACAUUGACAUAGCCUAGUCAUGUAAUUAGCCUACUAUAAUGUCCUAGUAUUCCUCAAAAAUGAUUUCUUUAUUUUAUUAAAGUGGGACGAUCUUA